AUGUCGCCGGCGUCUCACCCCCUCCCCAUGGCCGGCGAUUACCUCGUCGCCACGUUUGCGGAGAUGAUGUACGCCGCACGCUUUCGCAAGCACGUGUGGGGUAAAAUGCAGCUGGCAGAGCGGCGUCGUCUGGAAGCCCUGCGACUGCAGGCAGUCUACGGCGAUGCCCCAGACAACCGCAGCAACAAAAACAUCGCGAGUGCACCCGCCUCAGGGGAGAGCGGCAAUCGAGAAGGAAACAUCACAAGGUUGGACGACCAAGACAGCAGCAAAGGUGCAUUGAAAGCUCCUUCGUCCCCCUCGCUGAAUUCGUGUAAGCCUGCCAAGAGCUUGACGCCGACGCAGCCCACGCCGUCCCCGCCGCGGUGGUUCGACAUUGCCGGUCGAGCACGGUACAGCGCGUGGGUCGCCCUUCGCGGUUGCAUGUCGCCCGACGUCGCCGCCGAAUGCUUCUGUGCAGAAUUUCUGGCUCUGAUUAAGAAGUACCCCCACCCGGCUCUCCUGCCACCGGUGGAAGCGGCACUCAGCACGGCGCACGGACUGGCCCAGCGAGCACGGAGCAACAACCGAAGAGUCCCUCGAUUAUUAGAAAGCCAGGCUGCAUCCUCCACGUCAGCAGCAGCCCCGGUAUUUCAUGUCCGCGCGUUGCAAGGCGAUCCAGCGGCGUUGGCCCUCCUGUGGAUCUGCCGGGCCUACCGCAUCACCUGUGAGUUUACAGUGGAGCCUCUCUCGAAGGCGAUGGGCAGCUGCCCCAUCAUAGCCUCUACCGCCGCAGCAGCAGGUGCUGCUGCCUCUUCCUCUCCCCCAUCAUCUUCGUCUCCAACGACAGCCUCGCCUUCUGCUGCUGCCGCCGCCGCCGCUGCGGUGCCGGCAAAUCCUUAUCUGUCCUAUACCAUGGCAGACGCCUGCUAUCCGUUCGCAGCAUUUCUAGAGUACUCUACGAAUGCGUCGACGCCGAGGGCGACGGGAUGGACCACAAACGCAACCGCAACAGUCACCACGCCCGAGUCCGCCUUCGUGUUGCUCGCCGACACGUUUCUCUCUGCGUAUCCGCAUUGGAUGGGGGUGCCCUCUGAUCUACCGUCGUCGUCGUCGCCUGGGGUGCUACCUCAACGCUGUGGUUGGAUCGAUGAGCUGCAGCACAUAACACGCCACCUCCGCACGCCUAUUCUCGCCCUGCUCGUGCACCACGCCACAUCAUCAUCAUCCACGUCGACGUCUUCGAACGUGUUGUGGAAGUCACCGUGGCGGACGCAGCUGCUGCGUGCGGUGGCCGCACAUUUGCAUCGCUACGAGUCGUGGACAAUUGGGCGCGUCAUCAGCCGCCGCGUGGGUCAGGCGAUGUCGGUGCUGUCGCCGCUGCUGGCCUCCACUGCCGUGACGGACGCCUUGCAGCACGCCUACGCCCCGGACGCGAAGGCUGUGACGGCGGCGGAUGUGCUGGUGGCGAGCUGCGGCUAUGUGCUAUGCACGCACCCGUUUUGCGCGGAUGUCUUCCCACACUUGCGUGUCCCGGUGAACCAUGAAGCGGACGAGGGCGUGCGUAGUGAGUGGCCGUCAGACGCAGGGGCAGCAAAGACGACGGCGGCGAGAUCAGAGGGCAUCCACACCUACGCCCCAUGGUCACUGCCACUUUAUCUUUCUGGGAUUCCUGCUGAGUACAACGAGAAGAUCAAUCGUCUGCUGCGGCGGGAGUCAACCGGGGCUACGCGGCACGAGCAGCAGCGGCAGCCGACACGUUUGUUCAUCAACGACAACGACUCUGUCAUCACAAAAGGCGUUGGUGCAGCCUCUACUCAGCAGCAGCAGCGGAGUGCGGGGUAUUAUGAGGUGAGCUCAGCGAGCGACGUGAAGGAAGCCGCAGAGGCCGUCGGCCAGCUCAUCAUAUCUCGUCUUUUCUCCCUGCGCAGCGAUGACCUGCAGCACGACGACGUCGCGGGCAGCAACAGCAGCGUCUCUGGCACGCCCUUCCUCGUGCUGGGCCACGUGUUCGCCCUCACGUGGGCGCUGGCGCAGGAGCAGGUGCCUGCGUUUCCCUUCUUCAUGCUCGACGGCAACCCCGAUCACUUUGGUGGCUUUUCCUUCCUGCCCGAAGGCGCGGCGGAGACCGGGAAGGUCACCCGUACGAGCAACAGCACUAGUGAUAGUGGUGUUGCGUUGACGGAGGUGCGUACCCAACCGCGUUUUCAGCUCUCCCUCGCCCCUGCGGCCGUCACGUCCACCGCUGAUCCGACCGCUGCGAUGCUGCCGACUCUUGUCCCGGGAUCGACACCUACUCCCUCGGCCACGAACCAGGACGGCGGCCUCAGUAUCGAGUCGCGGCUGCGGAGUGGGAUGCACGCUGCCGGUGCAACGCUCCUGAAAGGUGUUCGCCGUCUCUCCGGUGCAUCGAGAGAUGCAGACGCACAGGCGAGGAGCAAUAGCGGUGUGCAUGCCACGCACGUGUUGCGUAGUGAGGGCGAAGGAAGCACUCGCAGCAUCAGUGGUAGUGCCGCGCCUGCAGUUGCACCAGUCGAAGCUGCACGUCUCUAG